AUGAAUGUCGUUAUAACGGGAGCAGCGGGGUUUUUAGGAGUUCGCUUGACAAAGGCUUUGUUAAACGAAAGUUCUCCUUUACCUAUAAAAAGCCUACUUCUAGUAGACAUACAAAAACCAACGUUGCCGAGUGAUCCUCGAGUUUCUAGCCUAGCCGUGAACUUAGUUGAUCCGAACGUAUCAGAUCUGAUUAUUCAUUCUGAUAUUCAUGUGUUGUUUCACCUCGCCGCCAUCGUCAGUGGUCAUGCUGAAGCGGACUUUGACAUCGGACUUCGCGUUAAUUUUGACGCGACACGAGCUCUCGUAGAGAAGGCGAGACAUCGGAAUCCUUCUCUCCGAUUUAUAUUUACUAGCACCGUCGGUGUAUUUGGUGGAAAUCUGCCACCGAUAGUCGAUGACCUAACUGCAGUUACGCCGCAAAACUCAUACGGCACCGAAAAGGCAAUGUGCGAACUACUUCUAAAUGAUUACGCAAGGCGGGGGUACGUGGAUGCACGUAUAGUGAGACUGCCCACGGUGAGCGUUAGGGCAGGUGCCGCCAAUCAAGCUGUGACAUCCUUCGCAAGUGGUAUUAUACGUGAGCCGUUGAAUGGAUGCAGCAGUGUUUGCCCGGUAGACUGUACCCAGGAGCUGUGGCUGACGAGUCCAAGCACCGUUGUAAGUAACAUAAUACACGCGUCAACGCUCGGGCCAGACGCGUUGGGGCCUUGGCGCGCCGUCAACUUACCAGGAAUCUGUGUUUCGGUGGGUCAGAUGUUGAAUGCACUUCGAGAAGUAGCCGGUGAUCAAGUUGCAUCAUUAGUACAUUUCAAAGGCGACGAAGUUAUAGCGCGUAUCGUUGGAAGUUUCCCGAGCAGAUUUGACAACACUCGAGGUCUUCAACUUGGUUUUACUGUUGAUAAAAAUUUUGCUGAUAUUAUUCGUAUUUAUAUACGCGACGAUCUAAAUCGAGAAUUACAU